CGAUCAUCUCCGCAGCCCGGACUUGCAGCAGACGGCACCGGUAUCGUCUGAGCAGCCGCGAGGAGGUAUACCUCUGCAAGAAAUGCACAGCGCGCGACGAAGUGGGUCCCCUGGGGAGGGAACCGACUCAGUUCCGGGAACAAGUCGACAGCCACUACUUCUGAGCAGCCGCGCGAUGAACCAGGAGCAGCAGCUGCGAGGCCGAGGCCCCGCUCGCCACGAGGGCGAUGCAGAUGCUGUAGUUGCCAGCUCGUCGGGGGUUGCCCCGGUCGUGGAAAUGACCCAGGUACUAGUACCAGCACAACAUCUUCAGGGCCACGCAGCCACGGGCGCCGUGGCGCCGACGUCUCCUUCUAUGUCGCCCCCUCGCUCACCCGACACGGUAUCGGCAAGGGCUACUGAAGGAGGAAGGAGUCGUGAAAAAAAUGCGGAUGAUUUGUUCGUGCCUGAGUCUACUCGUCAUCUCGCAGUUGCGCCCGUCCUCGCAAAACCUCCGGACGAAAACACAAAUAGCGACGCGUUCGCCAGAAGCCCUCGGCAGUACUACUACGCGGAGGGCGCGCAUCGAGUGACGCCUCCCCGGGCAGCGCCAGAGGGGUCCUCGUCGAGACAAGCCGAGAAAGGAGGGAGCGGCGUACCGCAGAGCGGCACUUGUUCGCCUCCUGCUUCCUCCCAAGCGGGCCGUACGACGAGCCAUCCACGAGGACCCCAGCAGCCGCCAAAUACUUCGUCCCCGUCCGGCCACGCAAAGGGCGCGAUUGCAAGUAGGACCAGCCCCUCACCGGCCGGGUCAUCGAGACCACGCCAGGGAUCGUUUUCGCAGGUCGAUUAUCAAAUGCAAAAAUGUCUGGGUCUGGAAGAGUGCGCGAUUUGUCAUGCUGCUUUUCCAUGACCCAUGAGGUCUGGAAUGCAGGACCUAGCAUGACAGAUUCUAUGCGAUCUCUCUCAUGCCUAUCCUGCAUGAGAAACUCCCUCCCGACUUGGUCAAAACUGGACGACUUUUGGUAAUCAUGCAACACAGAUUUUUGCAUGCUGCAGAUUUAGCUUGACAAGUUCCAACCCUUCCAGACCCAGACAUUUUUGCAUUUGAUAUCGAUGCGCAGCUGGAAGAGGUGAUGCACUACCAGCACCAACAGGACACCGCGAGCGCAUCGUUGCACAGUCCGCCUGCUCGUCACGUCAUCUCUGCGAGCCCGGCAAUACUUCUGAAUGGCAGCACCACGACGAGUGCGCUCCUGCAACAGGAGCGACUCAGCGGGAGCGCCCCGGCCGCUGUACUGGGAGCUGGAACUUCGCCAGGAGGUGGUGUCUUAGGGACGCACCAGACCGCAUCCUCCAAGCCGUCAAGCGAAUCGAACACGCCACGGCUUCCUGGGGAAGGUAUUCUUGACUCUGCGGACGCCGCGCUGACGCAGGAGCCGGCCGAACGGCAGACACUGGUGAAUAAGCCCCAGAGCGGAGAUAUCAAGUGUAAAAAUGUCUGGGUCUGGAAGAAUGCGCGAUUUGUCAUGCUGCUUUUUUCAUGACCCAUGAGGUCUGGAAUGCCGGAGCCAGCAUGACAGAUUCUGCGAGAACUUUCUAAUGCCUAUCCUGCAUGAGAAACUACCUCCCGACUUGGUCAAAAUUGAGCGACUUUUGGUAAUCAUGCAACACAGAUUUUUGCAUGCUGCAGAUUUAGCACGACAAGUUGCAAUCUUCCAGACCCAGACAUUUUUACAUUUGAUAGGAGAACAUCAACCGGCCACAGAAGAAACAUCAAAAAAGUGGAUAAUUGAUGCGACAGAACAGGAGAUCUGGGACUGGAUCCGAGGAGAAAAGAUUGAGCGAGGCGGUGAGGUGGCGGAGGCCGCGAUAACGGGAGGGGGCGAACAAAAUAACUUCUCCGCCGUGUUCUUCCACCGAAGAAACCGGUUUGAGCUGUUGAACAAGCACUUCAAGAGCCCCUACCAGUGGAUUCUGUUCCAGAUUUUCUUCACUAUCGACCGCUCCCAUCCCGUCGCCCUCAUUCCGCUCGGGUACUUGAGUUUUUUGUGGCGGCUCGCGCAGGCCUUCGGGUGCGCGUUCGUUUUGGACUGGGUGCUGUCCUUUUUGCACGGUCAUCCGCUCGCCAACCAUCUGCUUGUGCAGUUCGUCUACUUCUUGCAGAAGUACUUCCUGGUGGUUUUGCAGCAGUUGUGUGUGUAUGUGUGGGAGCUCACCCUGUGGCUGACGCAAAUUGCCGCCCGCGCCUUCGCGGGAUCGUCCUCCUCCGACGGGGCCACGACCGGCACCUCGGGAAGCGCCACCAGCACCUACGACCUAACUGGACCUGCUGGCGCAGCGGUGCAAGAACUGCCUCGGGACGCGGCGGCGGCCCGCGGCGUCGUCUCGAAUAUGUCCCUGGCCGGUGAGGACCAGUUGCAGCAUACGAGUACUGCCGCCCUUCUUGCGCACGGGCUGCAGCCCAGCAGAACUUUACUGACCAGCACGACCUCCACGUCGAGCGCACAGGACGUCGUCCUCGGAACAUCACUUCAGACGAGUCGCCUUCUUGGCGCCACCACGACCCAGCAGGUGGGCGGAAUAAACACCACGGAGCAGCUUGGGUUCGGGUUUUGCCUGUUUUUUUUCGAGUCCGCGUUGCUGUUCUUCCUAUUUCUCUAUUUUGGGCGCCGCAUAAAGCAGGACCAUAUGGAUUGCAAAUAUGUCUGGGUCUGGAAACUUGUAAUGCUAAAAGUGAAUGAUAGACGCACUGCAAUACGCAGCUACGCAUGACAAAUUUUUUGGCUGCCAUGUCUUACGUAUUCCGCAUGGCAAACUGCGUUUUUGCAUGACAGGUAAGAGGGCCUUUUCGUGCCUGUGCAACACAGAUUCUCGAGUCAUGCCAGACAAGCAUGACAAACUUGCAUUCUUCCAGACCCAGACAUUUUUGCAUUUGAUAGACCACGACAAGCGACGACGGGUUACGCAGGAUAUCACCCAGUUCGCGCAGAUGUACACGCUCCUGUGCACGGGCCUGCCAAAGGAUCAGGAGGCGCAAAAGCUGUCCGCCUCCGAUUUCUGUCGCAUCCUGCGGCAGGACUACGGCUACCGCAACAUCUAUGGAUGUGUCAGGAUCGAAAUCGACAAAAUCGAAAAACUUGUGAUGCGUAAAAUGUAGGGCACUGGAGGCCUGUAUUGGGGAGCAGGCAAAUAAGGCCGAUUGUAAGCCUGUUUAGGGAAAGGCAAUGCGCUGCCAUAGUAGCAUGACAGGAGCAGUCUUCUUUCCCCAAACAGCAUGACAGACUGGAUUUGGGUGCUCCCGAAAUUUGUCAUGCGCCACUUGGAAACUGAGGCUCUAUCUCUAACUGACAGUGACAUCGAUUUUGUGCAUUACAAAUUUUUCGAUUUUGUCGACUUCGAUCCUGACGCUCCCAUAACAUCCUCUCCGUGCAGAUCGUGCCCGCGCUCGCGGACGCCCACGACGCCCUUCGGCACUACGAAGAUAGCAAGGAUCGCCGGAACGUUAUCACGAGAAAAAUAAAAGUGUUACCGUUACACAUUUGUUGGAGUUUCUGCAUCACAAAUUUUCUCUGUGUGGCAGGGAAAACUUGUAAUGCGAAGGUCACAAGGGAAAACAGGAAGAAGGAUCCCAAGCAUUUCCCGCAUGAGAGAGGUUAUCUGUGUUGCCGGUCUUGCAACACAGUGUGUAACUGUAACACUUUUUUCUUGCGAUAAACGUGUAUGCCUCCUGGUACCAGUCUGCCAAGAAGAAGAGCUCCACCAUCAAACGCUUGGUGGAGGGUUUCGGACAUUGUUGCGCCUGGUGCUGCCCAUGUAUCAACUGCAAAUAUGUUUGGGUCUCCUGCUGGAAGAAAGCAGGUACUAUGUAAAUGCAGUUUAUUUUGCAACAUCUGCAUCGAUCUACAAGAAGGUCUCUAAAAAUGCGCACAGAGGAGGACAAACACAAAUUCGGUUUCGGAGGACGCUCCAGCUUCUCCAUGCCUGGUCCUGCGCAUGAGAGAUGCCCUCUCCUGCGCUCAAAAAUACUCGCACAGCAUUUUUUGCUGGCUACGUCACACUGAUUUCUGGCCGUUCGGGUUCCUCCAGAAUCAAUCCGCAUCACAAGUUUGCAUCCUAUGAGACGGAGACCCAUUUUUCUUGUAAGGCAUAUUAGCGUGCGGUGCUGCGGAAGACCCCGAUGACGAGUUCUCGUCUGAUGACGAGACGGACCGGAAUAAAGCAACACGGUCUGCUCAGUACUCGAUGUUUGGUGGCGGGGGGCGGCCUACUUCUACGCGCGAGGGGGGCUAUCAGCCACUCGGUACCUCGGAAGAACGGGCGCAGAGUGACGAGUUCUUGGACGUUCGGAUUAAUGUGGACACCGCAGACGAUUCGCAGGAAGAGCUGCUAGCGGACUCCUGUGCUCCAGAAGAUGAACAACUUCUACGCAACAAGAGACGCGGGAACAAACAAACGACCCACCAGAACAACUUGGCGCGCCACGCAGGGGAUCAAACUCCCGCUCGGCAGACGGAAGCCAACACGCCGCCACUUGUGGAAGAGGUUGACGUCGUGGGCCACGCAACAGACCGCCUGUCCCCGGGUUUGACGACACGCGGGACGACCAGCGGUGCAGAAAUAGCAGCUUCGUCGAACGAUGGCUCAGCCGUCGCAGGAGGUGAGCAGGCAAAUAAAAGCAGUAGUCAACAUCUUCAUCCUCUGAGCGCCAGGACAAAUAAGGGCAGCACAGAGAAAAAGAAAUCCAGCAUGUUUGGUAGACUAAUGGCGGGUGGCAAGUCGCUUGUUUUCAAGGGGUCCAAUAAGAACGCGGGAGGCGGAGGAGCUGCGUCUUCAUCGAGUAAAAAGAGCACAGUUUCAAAGCAAGGCAGCAAAGAGUCGCAUCUACCGUCCGUAGCAGCAGAAGCGACUUAUGUGGAGCAUUCUAUCAACGGAGGAGCGUCAGGGGAGGGUGGCGUGGCUGGCUCCGACGUGGACCCGCGUGCUUCGGAGCAAGACUUCGCCUUGAAAAGUCCGGGCGAGAUGAAGCCGCAUACUGCUGCCAGCUCCAGCCCGGCAAGCAAAAGCGGUGGCCAGCAGCUGCAGAGCCCUGCGCUCGCUGCGGAGAGGAGCGCCUCGUCACACGAAGCGAGUAGUUCACCUUACCCGACCACGAAGACGGCAUUGGCAGGUGUGGAAAGUCCCGUCAAACCUUUUCUGCCCGUUUCUGCAACUACAGAACAAAAGUCAAACAUCUUCAGGGAGCCGUUUGCCCAGAUGAGAACGGACAGCGGCAAUGAUUUGGUCCUCAUCGCUGCUUCGGAACAACAAGAGGGGGCGCAAUCACGACGUGACACUGAAGUACUGGCAGAGGAGCGCGAAGCCGGUUUUGCACCCGAGAUAGUAGGGCCGGAUCCCCGCGACGAUGACCGGGUCGGUUUAUUGCAAGAGGUGAAGACCCACGCCGCGCCCGAACCCUGGCUCUCCGACUACCUGUUGCCGCUGAAUUUAGUGUACUACGCUCUGUGCAACUGCUACUACUGGCGGCAGACGAAGGCUGCGAGGCGCAGUCUGAAGGAACUGGUGAAGAGGAAGCCGUUUUACGGAACGGGUCGGGCAUUUGUCACGUUCAACAGUCUCAAGGCCAAGGAACAGGCCUUGCAGCGUUGGAACAUCUUGAAACGCAAGAAAUACUCGGAUUGGAAACAAGUGCAGGAGAUGUGCCGCGGGUGGCAGGCCGCGGCGUGCGAGGAGAACCUGCUCUGCGACCCGCCGCGCGAUGAGUAUUUCACGGAGGACUACUUUGCCCGUAUCCGCAGAGAGUUCGCCGCCUUGUCGGCCGCGAACAACAGAGCCGGGGAAGGAGAAACAGAGUACCGAGACAGUACCGCCAUCGACCGUUUGUCCGCGAGCGCGCGCAGUUCGGGUAGACAGAGCCCGGCGCCACAGAUCAUCAUGUCUGCGCGUGGCGCACACUACCAUCCCUCUCCACUGACAUCCGCGCGCGGGGAGCGGGCAGCUGAGCCAGCUGGUCGGGCGGCGCACUCACCGGCAGGUCGCGCCCUCGCGGCCGGGGGUCCUCGCGUCGCAGGAGAGAUGACAGGGGCUGCGACGGAUCCAAGCAGGGUGGACCACUCGAGCCGGCGCCUCGACGGCAAUGCGAUGUUGGAUGACGGCGACAAGGACAACAUAAAAUCUACUCCCCUGAUCCUAGGAGAUCAUCAGGGAGUAGUCCCUCUGCUGCAGGCGGGCGACCUCGGAGUGGACCACAGCGCUGUCCAACUUCCAGGAGGUGUCGCAACCAGCGGGGAAGAAGAGGACGAAAUGAGUUGCUGGGAGCAAGUCCAGGACUGCUUGGAGCGUUUCGCUCGCUUCUUUUCUUGGUUCACUGAAAUCUUCAGUAUGGCGUUCUCAAACGUUACAUUCUCAGCUGUUGCAUGGAUUUGUAAUGCAAGAACAGCAAUUAGUGAAAGUGGCAAUAUUGCAGCUUUCGCGUCACAGAUUUGCCACAGAUCAUCAUGCUGCUUAGCCCUUCGAAAAUUUGCCAUGCUAACCACCUUGAUCAAGUGGAGGCUGAUAGCAAUUUUGCAUGACAAAUCCGUGUAACAGUUGAGAAUGUAACAAUUGAGAAUGCCAUAUUCAGCCGGGUGUCGUUCUGUCUCACUUCCGGACCUUGCAUGUUUUUCCGCGCGCGCGACCACAGUUCUUACCUGCAACACGUCAGCCUCACCCGGAAAGAACGAGAAAAGAUCCUUGUGCGGAAAAAGAUGUUGAAACCCCGCGAAGAAGAGGUUCGGCGCCAGCACGCACGGCUACUCCGACUGGAGCGCGAAAUCAAAAACGAACUGCGGAUGGAACCUGCCCCCGACGUGGUGGACGUGGAUUGGUCAAACCUUGACACAUCGGAUAGGGAGUCCCGAAUCAUAGGCGGUGUGUACGCUUUGGUGGGGUUCGUUUUCUUUACACUCGUGGUCACCCCAGUGAGCAUUGCGGCCCAAAUUCUGCCAUUUCUCUUCGCGGUAAACGGAAGGACGGAGAACCUUGCGGAUGAUCGCACAGACAGCCAGGGGAGCGAGACGAGGUCCUCUUGGAGUCUUUUUCCUUCCUCGACCGCAUCGAAGGACUACGAUGCCCCGGACCUCCAAGACGAUAGCCCGUCCUGGUUUCUUUUUCCGAGCGACAAGCAGGCGGCGGAAGCCGUCGCAUCGCAGAUAACGGGGACUCUGUCAUCUUUGGCAACUACAGGAGACGGUAGUAGUACAGCGCUUUCGCGUGGGCUUCUCGGCGUCGCUGUUGUUCCUGGCAACAUGGUAGAAGUUCGGGGCGCAGAAGCGUCAGAAGUGCGCGACAGAACAACCGCAACUCCGCUGGGGGGUUCUGCACUAGAGGCCAGUAAUAUUAGCCCGAGCAUGUUCGGGAUGAACUACAACAACGAGCAGAUGUUGGUGGGCCAGCAGCAACAGGAGCAGGGCUUUCUUUACUACCUCAGUGCGUUGUCUGCGCAGUAUCUGCCCACCCUGAUCGUCAUUUUCAUCAACGGCGCCGUGAUUCCCACCGUUGUGUACCAUAUAGUUCACUACCAGCGGUUUUGGCGCAAGCAGCGGGAGUUUGAAUCAUCUCUGAUCCUGGUACUUACACUGCUGUUUGUGAUGAUUGGCAACGUCCUCCAGUGGACUGUGUGAGUCUAUCUGCUCUUAUUCUAUCCGCGCACUUUAUUUUGUAUAUGUUGAGUCAGAUUUUUGCGAGAAGCAAGUUGCUAUGUACUUACAUAAGCAGGCAGAGACCGACAUGGCUGCAAAGAUAACAAACACAUGGAUUGUGAGGCGCGAAGAUGCAGCCGAAGUAUGAAGAGGCGGAGAAGAGUGCUCUCGCUUUAUGGUAGUUCUUUUUUCAUUCACUUUCUAAAGGCCUUCACAACAAAAAUUUCAAAAUUCAGAACUACUGCUUUCUGUUCAUGAACUUGAUCUUGGUAUGCCAGUCGUAGGUGGGCGCUCUUCAAAUGCUUGGUAUGCACGUCGGAGCACCAUGAUGAAAUUUUGACCGGAGAAACAAAUACUAUAAAGCAACUAUGUUUUUUCAUGCCUUUUCCUUUUGAGCAGACAGAUACACUGAUAAAGCGAUAUGCUACCAAGGGCAGAUGAACGUAAGACUAAGAAGAGGAGGCAGGACCGGUCGUCACCUUGUUGCUGUAAAGCGCAUCUUAAUAUGAUGCAGCGCUUCAAGUUUUUUUUUGUAUUUGUCGACCCCCUACUCUUUCAGCCGUGGUCAUUGUGUUUAUUGUCUGCUCCCCGAGCAGCCUGCCCCAUUUCGAAGGCGCACCACCUGAGCGGCUGUGGCAUACUUGAUUCCUGUCGUUGGCGUGGAUUCGGUGGAGGCGCUGCUGACCACCUUCGCGGACCACCUGCUCGAGCAAGUCCAGGGUCUGUUCAACGACUUUCAUAAGCAGGCUGAGCGCUGGCGGAUGUUCGCGCUGAAGUACCUGAUCUCCACCUUGAUGGUUUCAACGGUGCUGCAGUCCGUGCAGGCGCCUCAAAUUCUGUACCAAAAGUUGAACGCCUUGUUCGCCGUCACGCUUGCAGACAAGUUCGAAAUGACCAAACCCUUCACCUUAUCCCAAGUACAAAUGUUGUACCCGGUCCGCUACCAAAUCUUCCUCGUUGUAGAUCAAGGUAGCGUCCGACUUGGCACGAGGUUCCUAAAAAAGUGCUGGCUGUGCCACCCCCGGCGGGGUAGGACUAGGGGAUCCUUAGCCUGUGGCACUGGGCAUGGGUGCCCGCUCGAUGAUGAUGAUGAUGAUGAGGAGGGCUCUCACGGCUAAGUGUAGCGCCAUGUGCAUCAGCAUGAGAAAGAGCAUUUGUAUAUUAGCGGAAUUCAUCUCAACAUCUUGACUAUGGUUCGGGUACGUUUUUGUACAGGAAACACAUUUGAUUUUGGCUACUGGUACGCGUUUGCGUGUAUCAGAACGAAACAAGCGCGUCCGUCCGCCUGGAAAUUUCAAUUUGUCCUCUUGGUCAUUAAGUUUUACCGUUCGCCGUCAACUCAAGGACGACGACGACCUACUCGUACUUUCUAGUAAGCAAUAAGUAGUUCUUCUUCUUUGGAUUUCCCAUGCGUACAUGCACGAUGUUUUAGCCAGCAGAAAGUCUCACAUAUGAUAUGCACCCGCACGGUCUUGACCACACAGAUUCUACCCAGGGCGAUGAAUUUUUCAUCAUGUAAAUGUGAAAGCUCCCUGUAGCCGUUUGCUGGUGCCUGGGUUGUUUCUUGCGCAAAGCAGCUUGCGGCAAAAAGCCAAAGAGUAGGAGGACGUAUCAUAUCCUCAUUGAUAUCGGAAUAGCAAAAAUUGUAAUUGAAGAUUUUGAGUGUGAAUUGAAGAACCCAGCGAAUCGAUUGAGACGCUGCGUUUCGUUUCCAAUGCGUCGAUUGUCUGCACACUGGCGCUGCUGUUUGGGGUGAUGGAGCGACUGGCGCUCGACAAUCCCCUGGAAGUAUUCGUCCUCGCGGAAGCGCGCGACAACCGGCACGAGGCGCACGCAACGGGUGUCACCGGAUGGCUUCUCGACCACGUGCCCUUUUUCGGCCCGUCUUCCGGCUCGGCCGGCGGAACAAGCUCGUCCGGUUCUGGCGCCACGAAUACAGGCUUUAUUGGUACGACGAGCGCCACCAGCGGCGACUUCGGGACGUCCUCUGGUGGGACGGGAACAAUUCUACACUCCGGAUCCGGUGCCCUAGAACAAGCUGCUGGGGGUAGUAGUCGAUAUGGGCUCACUUUUUUCUUGGCCUUUUUGGUGUUCGUGGCGAAGUUCGGAGUAGACAAGUACUGCUUCCUGUUCGCAUUGUUUAGCAACGUGACCGAGAUGAAAAGCCGAGCUGUCGGCCCGCGGGGAUCCGAACUGGAAACGCAGAUGCUGCGAUUUUACUACUUUGCGCUCAUGGUCGCGGCCUUAUCCGUCGGCAGCGUAUUCCUCUACUACAGCACGCAGGUCAGUUCGCGACUCGAAAAGCAGUACCUGUAUUCUGUAUUCGAGGAGGUUAGUGUAGUUGACAGCAACACCGACAAAGCAGGGAUCAUGCAAGACGAGGGGCCCACAUCAGCUGCUGGCCCACGUGCGGACGACGAAGAUCUAUUCGGCGGGGGGAGCGACGACGACCUGAAGAGCACGAUGCGCAACCUGCACUAUUUCGCGCAUUUUCUGUUGAAGUUUGGCGCAGUGCCGACCUUCGCGCUGCUGUUUUUUCUGGCGCUUCACGAAUUCCGCAAGCUGUUCCGCAGCCAGGCCGCGAUUGCGCUCGGGACCGCUACGACCCAGAAGGGGUUGAUGGCGCAGCAAGGUCCCGACAAGAUGUACCAGAAAUAUAACGAUUUGCGGCACAAAUUCGACCAAGAUUGGGCACACCAGAGACACGAGCGAGACGUGGUGCUCACGGUGGUAGCUCACGCUUACUAUCAUCCCUUUUUCCGCGUCAUGGCCGGGGAGUUCGAGGCUGGGGAGUAUGAUAAAGGAAAAUUUCUGAGUGGCAGCGGGAGGCUGAUGAGGCUCUUUGAAAAGCGGCGCAACAACACGCCGCAAGUCGCCUCCCAGCACUCGGCAGAACAGCCGGAUGGAAGGAACUCCGAGCAGUCUGAAGCUGCAGGUGGCGGCGUGUUACUUCAGGACCAGGCUCAUCAUGGUGGCAUGUCUCCCAGACUACAAGGAGCAAAAUCAGAAAACCACUUCGGUGCCGCCACCCUGAAGAAGAUGACCGCUCCUGCUGAGGAUGACUACAUCAAGCAAGGAGUUGAGAGCCCCGCAAUGGUCGGAUCCCAGAAAAAAGGACAAAAGUCGCCCCCGGUUCCCUUAGUGGGGCCACAACCCUUCGUGAAGCAUUGGUAUUACCGGAACGAUGCUUUGAUCACUGCUAAAAGCGUCGACGAGCAGCCUAUUGGUAGUGAGGAGGAGGAGGAAGCUGGCGGCUCUGCCUCGUCUUCAGCGGACAAACUUCGAGACUUCACUAACCGCAUCCGAAAUCGGCUUUUGGAAGGUUCGGCCAGUCUCGGGAAGCUCCCGUUGGCCGACAUGUUUGACGGCACCAGAAACUCGCUCCGGUGCUACGAUGUCACCUCAUGUUGCCAGCAGGUCGCACGUCCGGAAGCUGCUCGUGGCGACGACGAACAAGUUGUGAACGAGCAUGGUUUUGGCUCCUCGGGGCAGCCUACCCACGUCGUGCAGGACCAGGGAGGCCUCUUAUACCCAGUCCACAGCGGAGACAGUCUCGUGGACCACACUGGUGAUUCAGGAGGUACCGCAAUGAACCGCAAUACCUACAACAGCACAACAAGUAACGGAGCUGUUCUCGAGUCGCACAUCCAUGGGACUGCGGGGGCGGCAUUACCACGACCCGGCGUGGUAGCCGAAGGGCAGGCCGGAGUAGAACUGCAUCUUGAGCGACCUGUGGUGCAGACCAGGGGAGGACCUGCUGAGGAGGACAGGUUGCUGUCUCUUCCCCCAGGUGGUAUGGCCGCGGGCGGGACGCCAUCUUUUGGUUUUGGUACGGAACAUCAAAGUACUACGAUGAGAAGGUCAUCGAAAGAGCACCUUCUCAUUAUGAAGGAGCCAGUUGACCUACAGUGGGAGCACCCGGCCACAAGCUCAGACUCCGGCGACAGCCUGGCGCACGGCCCGCUACAUGAGAGUAUGACCCAGUUCACCACACAGAACUGGACACAGAUGCUGCACGUUAUCAAGAAUCCUCCAGGCGCGCCUCUUGCCCCCGCACCAAAGCCCUCGGCAGCGGGCGGAGCAGCGGGGGGCUCUACUUCUACAUCGGGUGCUGCAAGCUCUUUCGGAUCCCAUCAAGUGCACACGGGGGGCUCAACAGCAAACCCGUCGCCACCCGCUGGGAAAGCGGAAAGGAAAGCACGUCUACCUGGUGCAGCCGUUGCUCCAGACAGUCCCAAAAUUGCGCCAGUGGCAGUAUCGUCCACGGUUAUGGAUUUGUGAAUGGAGAAUUUUCUGCCUGCUGCUACUUACCACCGUAAUGUGCGUACCUUGAUGCAGCUCUUCUUACAGUCUUGCCAGCCACGUGGAGGACACAGUUCGUUGUAUAAAUUAUGCGGCCUAUUGCUGCAAGUAACCGCUGGCUCUGCUCAAUCGAACAAGAUGAUAGGCAAAUGUGUAUAUAGGAACAACUACAAGAACUGUCACCAGCAUGCAUGGGGCAACUGAUAUGUCAGAUGAACUAGAAGUAAGUACGUUAGAGAUGAGAAGUGCACUUUUGUUUAGCUCUAGUAUUAGUUUCUUUUCAACGUCGCAUCAUACAGCGAUACGAGAUAGAUAAGUAGUUAGAUAGGGCAUUCUUUCUGAAGAAAUUGCAAUUUUCAUUGUCCGGGAAUGAAUCAAUGUGCACAACAUUACAAAAAAGUGGCUGCGUAGUUUGUUCUUCUGUUUUUCAUGUUGAUGAUGCCGUGGCGGGAACCUGUGAUAGGGUUUGGACACUUGCGCAGUACUUCCGCAGCGCCCUCUUCGUCUGCUGCGAUUCGAGGCGUGAAGCCGGCUCCACCUGCCCCAUUCCAAAAUUCCGGUCGGGCACUUGAACUAGCCACGGGAGGAGCGGUUGUUCUGGCGGUCCCGCACAAUACAACAAGUGCAGCUGGUGCAGCUAGUACUACCUCUUGCUCUUCUUUCCCGGCCACAAGCAAGGCCGGCACCAAUGCGUUGGGUGGUGCCACCAGCACCACCUAUAAUAGUGGCCGCUCCCUGAUGAACAAGAACAUGAGCUCCACCGUCGUAGUUGCGCAGCAGCACAGACCACCCGCCCCACUGCUCACCAUCGGGCCGCUUGGAACGCCGACCGUGGCCGCGGGUUCCUCUGCCGCGCAUCUGCGUGGGGGCUCUACUUUCGCAGCAAACCACACGGUCGAACUAUCAAAUGUAAAAGUGUCUGGGUCUGGAGAAUACAAACUUGCGAUGCGCAUUUCAGAUCACAGAAAAAUCUCUCAUGCAUAGGCAGCAAAAAGUUUCCACUUUCUGUCACCAAAAUGGGGGAUUCAUUUGUCAUGCGGAUUCGGCAUUGCAAACGCUUCUCGAAACCUGUGAUGCUAGAGCUUCCAUGCCAGACUUUCUGUGUCAUGCAAAAACAGCAUGAGUCUUCCAGACCCAGACAUUUUUACAGUUGAUACGAACGGAGGAUAAGCAAGCCGGGCGAGUUGCAGCGACAACCUAGCCAAGGCCCGCCCGAGCUGCGAAGUUUUCUUGAGCGAGCAGCUCUGUAGCUGGCAUAACGGCAACGGACGAGGUGGACUCCUGCCGCAGCCCCAUCCCCCUGCUUUCCGUCGAUCCCUAGGCGGCAGAGUUGUGUCACGACCAACAGGGCCGGGCCUGGCAAGGAGAUCAACAACGCUCCUUUUGUACUCAAAUAGAAACAGAAAGUGCUCGCCCUCGCGUUGUCUGCAUUAUUCGCACUAAGUACCGGUGGAAGUGAAGCACAAGGAACCAUGCGCGCGCGCAGUGAGACUUAUGCCGCAUGGGAACUACAACUAAACCUAAAGAUUUGAGCACCACGCACAACUGAAAUUCCUUUUCACACACACAGACAGCCAGAGAGACGCAACAUACAUGCGGGAGGAGCCAAGGCGUCAAAGGACCUGACAAAGAGAUACUCGAAAACUUCGCAAAAGAAUUCAAUCUGUAGUCUUGAGAAGGAGGAACUUCUAUGAAAAUUGCACAUGCAGCGCACUACAAUUUAUAACCGCGCGUUUCUGGAUGUGGGUCUCAUUAAAAUAACAAGAUCGAAGCGGGAGUAUCGG